AUGCGGAGGAAAUUCGCCCAGCCAGUCUUGCCGACGCUCUACUUCAGAGAUGGCAUUCUUUCUGUGCCAGGAUACACGUUCGAAAAGGCAAGUCCGUUCAGCCACCACUCGGAAGCGACGCCAUGGGAGGACACGGGAAGUAUGACUAUGCUCGCGGAAGGUACGAGUUUGAAGGAUGGUUCGAGUGUGCUCGCCAAGAUAGUGCCCGCGCAUUCCAACGCGUCCAUGCUGCUCGAGCGGGAGGCGCAUAUCCUUGAACGAAUGUCCACGUCUCCCGAGUCGUCGAGCACUACGCUCCGCAUGGUCGAGUUCUUCUCCAUACCCCGCAUUAAUGGAGAUUGCGUAGUGCUCCUGGUUGCGCAUCCAGGUCUCAAUCUGCUCGGCCGCUACUUCCCCCCGCACAAAGUGAACGAUCUAUUGCUCGGCGACAUCUCUCGUGUGCGCCCGCCGCCAUCUCACACCGAUAUUCUAAUGAUGGGCAUGGAGGAGCCGUACGCUGUGGAGGAAAUGGAAGCAAUUGAGAUCAUGGAUCUAGCGUCAUUCCUCGAAUUCGCCAUUCAAGCGACGCAUUGCCUGGAGAUGAUGCAUCGGUCUGGCCUAAUUCAUCGUGAAGUACGCGCCAACGCGUUCCAUUUGAACGCUUACAGCGGCUUAGUCCGAAUAGUGCAUUUUGGUAAUCGGGCGGUAUCACUCGAGCAAUUCGGUGUCCCAUCUACGUUCGUCUUGAGAGCAGACGCGUUUGAGGAGGCUAAGAAGCUCAAAGUUAAGGAGGCGCUAUGUUACCUAGCGCCAGAACAGACGGGUAGCAUGGAGGCGUUGAACGAGGACCACAGAACGGACUUGUACUCCCUCGGAAUAAUGUUCUGGACGUUACUCGUCGGACGGGGGACGCUGCCUUUUGAGGGCGGUCCGCUCGAGCUUUUGCAUGCUAUUGUGCAGAAACGUCCGAUGCCAGUGCAUGAAGUCCGCCGAGACGUGCCGCAAGUGCUGGCGUUUAUCAUCGACAAGUUAUUGUCUAAGAACCCGGAUCAGCGAUAUCAAAGUGCAUAUGGGCUGAAAGCUGAUUUGCUGCAGUGUCAGCGGCUACUGUUGAGAGCGGUCACCGUCGUGUCAGACCAAUCACCAGAGCUUAUACCGUACUUCGACAUCGCAACAGACGACAGGUACAUGGAAUUCACAAUCCCAAGUCCACUGUUCGGUCGGGAAAAGGAGCUUGAGACCAUCCGGAACAUUAUCCGCCAUACAUCCACCUCCUAUUCGCGACAUAUCGGUGUCUCGCACGGAUCAUUCAUUAUCAGCUCUUCAGACAGCGGCACGAACACGGGGACGACAGAAGACCCAAGUGACUCGCGUUCUUCGAAGAGCGAAGGCUCCGCCCAUAGUCCACUCAAUGCAAGCGAUAGCCACAGUCCGAAGCUGUCGUCGACCCGCCCGUCGGACCCGUCAGUCACGACGGUGAGCGUGAGCGUGAGCACAGGUGCAGGUCCAUCUGGAAGCGACGGACUGAGAAGGGUGGCGUUGGCACCAUCGAGCAGUCGAGCACGGACACAUGCGGUGAUUGUUACCGGGCCUCCAGGCGCGGGCAAGAGUUCGUUGAUCAUGGCGCAGCAAGCACGAUGGCGAUCUCAUGGCUUAUGGGGUCAGGCCAAAUUUUCUGACGUCGAGGCAGCGCCUUUCUCGUCAUUGCUGGCAUGCCUUUCGUCCGUCCUUCGCCAGUUGAUCGUCUUCCACACAGACGUGCACAAUUUCGUGACAGCUCUUAAGCGCCAUCUAGGGCCCCAGCUCCAUAACGUUCCUCUAUUGUAUGAAGGAGCACCGGAGCUCCGUGAUAUUUUGAAAUUGUUCGACAUCACGAUUGAGGCGCCCCAGGAGGUACUGGAGACGCAUGAACUCAGAGCUCGCUUUCAGAGCUUGGUUCAAAGUGUAUUCUCCGUGUUGGCCGAGACGCGCUUGUUCGCGUUGUUCUUAGAUGAUUUGCAUGAUGCCAAUGACUCCUCGCUUGAUUUGAUUAACGCGUUGGUGAACUCACGCACCCGUAUACUUGUCUUUGCGACAGUACGCUCAGAUAAACCAGCAAUUCUGGACAGGAUGCGAGCGACAUUUUCCAGCAAAUCGACGACUUGGAUCCAUCUUGAACCGUUGAACUACACUGCGAUCUCAAGCAUGGUGGCAAGAACUCUCCAUCGGCCGAAGGAAGAUUGCUCUAGUUUGUCUCGCCUUAUUCAUGCCGCUUCCAUGGGCAACGCUUUCUCUGCGAGGAACAUCCUUAUGACUCUGCAACGCCAACAUCACAUUACGUUUAAUUGGGAGAGAAAUUGUUGGGAAUAUGACAUAGCUGCUAUCGAGCCAAGCCUGCAUGAUAAGAAGAUGAUUACUGACCCAAGCGAUCUUUCCUAUCUCAUAAACCAUUUUCAUGAGCUACCUGAGGAUGCAAGGAAGUACCUAAUCUGGGCCUCGUUCUUCGGCCCUACAUUCAAGGUGGCAGAGGUCGCACUGUUAAUGGACUGGGAGGAUUCUAGUGGCACAAGUGGCAGCAGUGGCAGCGACGAAGAAGCAGAGGACAUGUGGAACGUCUCCAAGGCGGUUAAGGCGGUUUCCACCAUUAGUGACAACGCGCAAGGGUCAAGCAGUCGUGGAUCCAUGCGGGGCCUGCAGACUUCCAUCGCAGAGGGCUGGCUCGUACAGCGUGCACGGGACAUGUGCAGUUUUGCGCAUGACCGCUACCGCCAAGCUGCUCUGGCUGAGGCGGAGAGCCUUCCUCAGGAGACUAUUUCCAAGAUGUCGUUUAAGAUAAUAUUGAUGAUGUUGCACGAAGCAACUCCGGACGUCUACCGGAUAGCAGAGCACGCGAAACGCUGUUUGCCGUUGCUUCGCGAGCAUGCGAAACGUGAUGAUCUCCUCAAGCUUUCAAUUGAUGCCGGCGAUUCGGCGCGCGCUCGAGGUGCACACGAGUUGGCUCUACAAUCCUACAUCAAUGCCCAGUCCCUCCUUGAUGCUACGUCGUGGGCGAAGGAUAUAGACCACGCCUGUUUGAUAUAUCUGAAGCUAGCAGAGUUAUACUCGUGGAAAGGCGAAUAUGCAACGUCCGAUGAAUUAGUCACUCAGUGUCUGGAACAUCUCGACGAUCCCGAGAGUCGGGUUCGGAUGCUACGUUUGCGGUCUAAGAACCAGUGGAUGCGUGGCAAUUACAAGGCUGCUUUGGCGGACACGCUGUUGGGCUUACAUAUUCUCGGUGUGGAUAUCAAUUCUACGCCUAGUCAACGCGAGGCGGAUAGUAUGUUCGAGCAGGUCAAGAACGAGAUUCUUGCAGUAGGUUUUGAUAAUAUUCUCUCAAUUCCUCGGGCGAGGGAUACUCGGACCGAUCUUGCAAUCGCCUUGCUAAAUGACGCAGGGCACAAUGCAUAUUGGAGCUCUGGAGAGAGGUUCCCGGAUGUCGUCGGGUUGACGACUAUCAGGUUGGCCUUGCGGUUUGGCAUGUGUUCGGGCGCUGCACUUGGGUUUUUCUGGGCUUUGGGAGGGGCUGCUGAACGUAGAGAAUUGUAUCGGUUUUCCACCGAUUUGGGCAAGUUGGCCUUGCGCAUCGCCGAUCAGCAUGGCACCAGCUAUGAGAAAUGCCGAGCGCUUGUCCUCUUUUCGUCGAUGGUUGCUGGUUUCGACACCGUCCAUAUUCGCGCUAAUUUGGCUCGAUUAGAGGAGGCGAUUAAAUAUGGUCAGAGCGCUGGAGACAGGAUAUACACUAGUCUUUCUAGUGUGCAUUUGCUGCAAACUCGCCUGUGGAUUUGUGACCAUGUCAGCGAGCUCGUUGUUGCCGGAGAGGAGUGUCUCAGUGAUGUCUCGCAAUGGGCUCCAGGUGGCGAUAUCGCUAUCUUAGCGCAAGGGAUUCUGAAUUGCAUUCGUGCAAUUGGGGGAUACACCUACGCAUACGACGCUGAUACUGUGUUCGACACUGAAGGAUUUGAUGAAAAGCAGUUUCUCGAGGUCGCAGCUCAAACAUCCGGUAAUUUUGAAGGUGCUAUGGGAUGGUACGUUGUAGCGCUAUUUUGUCUGGGCUUUCCCCGUGAAGCAGCUAUCCUUGGGUUCUCUAUUUAUCAAACACGAGGGAACCAUCCAAAUCACCGACAUACGCGCUAUGCGCUAUUUUUCCAUACCCUCGCCAUGAUUCAGUGUAUCCGCAAAGGAGACAUUGGCUUAGAAGACCGCAAACGUUAUAUGAGGCAGAUAGAGUUGAACCAAGCGUAUGUGAGAAAAUGGCUCUCCCCCAGUCCUGUCAAUACUAGUGCCUGGGUGGCUCUGGUGGAUGCCGAGCUAGCGUCCUUGGUGAACAGCCCAGACGCUUUCAAGCUAUACGAUGUUGCUGUGAAGUUGGCGGUCAAUAACGAUUGGUUGCUUGAGAGUGGGUGGGCUAUGUUUCUGCAAGGGAGUCAUUUCGUACGCUGUGGCGUGGAAGGACUUGGCAGCGAGCUUCAGCGCAGAGGUAUUGCGCGCCAGGCUCAAUGGGGCGCUAGAGGAAUCGUGAACUAUCUGUCCUCUCUAUUGGACAACCGAGCUCAUUACGCUCUCAAACACCAUAUAUUCUCUGCUGACGUUGCCGUGCAGACAGACAACAUUGUCAUGUCGACUUCACCACAAAGUCCAGGCUCAUUUGACAGGAAGAUGGAGCACAGUGAGGAGGACGAAAUAUCCACGUUGAGUGCCUCGGAUCUUGCAUCGAUUCUGAAGUGGAGCAAAGAGAUCUCGAGCGACAUUAAUCUCCCGAUGGCACUUCAACGACUAACGGAGAUUGCUACAGAAACUUCUGGUAGUCAAUAUACUUGCGUAGUGAUCGCGCGGGAAGCGGGAGAUUACACAGUAGCCACUAGCAUGAUACCCCCUGAGCCUUGCCAAGUGCACGAGAACCCGCUGCCUAUACGUUCGAUUAACGACCCACUACGGCGUGCGAUCAUUCAACAUGCCUUGAACUCUAAGGAGAGAAUCUAUUAUGAAGAUGUAUCGAUUGAACCGCGCUUCUCCUCCGAGGCUCAGCAGAGCACUUCCAGAUCCGUGAUCUGCUUGCCUAUUUUCAGCAAUCGCGGACAGACUUUCGGAGCUGUCUAUCUGGCUUCGAAAUAUGCGUUCUCGCCCAAUACCGUCACAAUCCUGACACUGCUCUGUCAACAAGCCAGUAUUGGAAUCUCAAAUGCUCUGCUGUUCCGUUCAGUCCAGGCUGGUACUCGGGAAAACUUGAAGAUGAUCGCUGCGCAAAGAGAUGCAUUGGAAGCCGCACGGAAAAGCCGGGAAGACGCAUUAAAAGCCACGAAGAUCAAGAGUAACUUUCUCGCUUCCAUGAGUCACGAGCUGCGCACUCCUUUCAGCUCUUUUUAUGGACUGCUCGAUAUUUUGAGCGGGACUGAACUGAACCCUGCUCAGAGGGAGAUCGUCCAAACUGCCAAACAGUCAUGCGAGCUGCUCCUGAAGAUCAUCGAUUCUAUCUUGGAUUACAGCAAGCUUGAAGCGUCUGCUCUGAAGCUCGAAUACUCCGGGUUUUCGAUGGAGGACAUGAUUGCAGACUGCAUGGAACUUCUACUGCCUAUGGCUGCCAAGAAAUUGGAUUUAUCCUACAACAUCGAGCCCGAUGUCCCUUCUUGGGUCCGAGCCGACUAUGCACGGAUACGACAAGUUCUGAUGAACUUGAUUGGCAACGCGGUCAAGUUCACUGCACGUGGAUCAGUUCGCGUCUUGUGCACAGUCGACAGAUCCACUCCCGCCCCUCUAGGAGAGCCAGUUUUGAAAUUCUUCAUCACGGAUACCGGGAUAGGAAUGAGUGCCAGCGACAUUGAUUUGCUUUUUGUACCGUUUCAGCAGGCAGACAAUUCGUCGACACGGCGUUUUGGAGGCACGGGGCUGGGAUUGUCAAUAUCCCGUCAAUUGGUCAAGCUCAUGGGUGGUGCUAUUGGCGUCAAGUCCGAACUUGGCGUUGGUUCUACCUUCUGGUUCACAUUACCUGUGAAGGUAUACGAUUCUGAGGAAUCCAGACAGGCUAUGGUAGAGAUAACGCACUUAAGGCAGCUGCUCCUCAAACCUCGACCUCUACGCAUACUUGUCAGCUCUGCAUCGGAUGCUACGCAGGCGCUGCUGAGCACGAUGUUGAAUGGCUUCUCCAUCAGCACGGUCUCCUCUACCGAAGAAGCAGAAACAGUGCUAAGGAACAUCACUGAGGCGGAUCUUCCGCUAGAUUUUGUCAUACUCGAUGACCAAUCAGAAGCUCGAGUGGACGAGUUUUCUCGCGUUCUUCGUUCUUUACCGUAUUCGGCGAUGGAAGAUACGAAGAUCAUACACCUCUUCACCCCUACGACGGACAACCUUUCAGGUACUCCGAUGCUCAGGGGUGACGUGAACGAUGGGAUCUUGCGAGUCACAAAGCCACCGCGUCAAGCAAGGCUCCUCCAGACGCUUGCAAGCUUGAAGAAUCUGCCAGCGCAUAUGUCGAACACGCCCAUCCUCAGUGCGAGCGCCUUGCGCGAAGAGGAGGCUCUUGCACGACGGACCUUGUACGGAAACGUGUUGAUAGCCGAAGAUAAUCCCGUCGCUCAGAAGCUGCUCGUCGCGCAGUUGCAGCGAUAUCAACUGAAUGUCGUGGCGACAUCUAACGGCGAAGAAGCUAUUGCUGAAUGGGAGAAGCACGAGCCUGGUUACUUCAGCGUGGCCCUCUUCGAUCAUCAUAUGCCGAUAUGUGACGGCGUCGAAGCAUGCAAACGAGUCCGUAUCAUCGAGAACAAGCGCAGAGUACCAGUGUCAUUGCCGAUUGUUGCUCUUAGUGCCGAUUGUCAAGAGUCCACGAAGCAGCUCUGCCUCAGUGCUGGUAUGAAUGAGUUCCUGAGCAAGCCGCUGAAGAAAGGUGAUCUUCUUACUCUGCUUUCAACGUUUGGUGAGCCGCUACCAGGCCCGAAGUCUGAUAACACGUCUGCAAGUUCAUAACGCUAUCUCCGCACAUAUUUAUCCUUCGUAGCUAUCCAUCACGCAUUGUUCUGUGUCGCAUUUCUUCCGUCGCCAUGUACUCGAACCAGCACAUAUAUCACCUGCGAUAUCAAGACCAUCCGAUCUGGUGUACACCAUCCUAGAUAUACCCUACUUCGUGUAGCGUUCUCUUGUAUAACACAUAAAGUAUUCCGUCGUAAUGCAUGAUUAUGAUAACGAGGAGCGGAUACAAAUGAUUUUGCUCCAAUCACGCGGACGAUGUAUUGACACUUUUUUUCAUUCGGUCCAAGACCUGCCUGAGCAACGGCUUGUCACCGAAGAAGCAGAAGGCUAAUGACAUAGCAACGACAGCGAUACCCAUACCGAACAGGCAUAUGGCCAUCCAUCCUUUACGAAGAUGGUCAUAGAG